AUAAUCAUGAUUAAAAGCUCUGUCCGUCUGCUGGGAAGCGUCUAUCCACCCCCCAUGGUAAGGCUGAUAGGCAUCUAGCCGGACCAAUGAGACGUCCCGGCGUCAUCGCUGAUGACCAAUCAGACGCGGCUCUGGCCCGCGUGGGCGGGGCCUCGGGGAGAAACGGCCAGCCUCAGCAGCCAUUGAUGCGCUCCGCUUCUUAGUGGAGGUGCAGGAGAACCGGACCAGAGACACAUCCCGACCCGAAGCCAUGGUGUCCCACUCGCUGGCCCUGCCCAUGAUCUGCUUCACCACGCUGUGGGGGCUGGUGGGGGUGGUGGCCCCCUUCCUGGUGCCCAAAGGACCCAACCGCGGCCCCGUCUCAGCAUCCGUGAUGAUUCACGCGCGGCUGUGCGCGCGCAGGCCCCCUCGCGGCGUUCGGGGAUGCGAGCGCGUCAUCCAUCCCUGCAUCCCGCGUCCUCGUGACGUGAGAGGGGCUCGUUUAGGCCGAGGUUGUGACGGCGUGAUCGUCACCAGCCUCAUCCUCACGGCCGUCUGCUGCUACCUGUUCUGGUUGGUCGCCAUCCUGGCCCAGGCCAACCCCCUGUUCGGCCCUCAGCUGAAGAAUGAGACCAUUUGGUACCUGCGCUACUUCUGGGAGUAGACGGGGUGAGUUUG